GUGCAAGAGCGGGCUAUAAGCAGGCCCGCCAGGAAUUCGCGAUUUUCGUACGAUAAUGACGAACUUCUACGGCAACUAAAAGGAGAGGGUUUUAUCAUGGGAUGAGAUUUCAGACCGCUUCCCCAAGAGGAGCAAGGGAACAUUGCAGGUGCAUUACAGUACCAAGUUGAAGCCUCGUUCAGGGACGUCAAAGAAUGCAAAGAAAGGCCGGAGGUCUGGGUGAGUUGAAGGCCACGUCUGCGCAUGGUUAGGCCUGAUUUCAGAACAGUGAUUCAUCUGCAGCAUGGUAUUGGCCACCUCAGGUUUAGUGACCGCGGCAUCUGGCAAGGCGCAUACACGAGCCCGGCGCCGCUUUCGCGAGGUAUAAGAAACCUCGCCCAUCCCUCCUCGACCUUCAUCCGCCUUCACUCCUCGCUGCCAACAAACUUACGCCGACCCCUCCGGCAGCUCCUCCUCGCAUCAUGCGCCGUCGACGCCUCUCGCUCAAACCCGCCCUCGUGCACCAGUGUCGGCGUGGCCGCCCCCGAAGCUGAGACUGAGACUGAGAGUCCUGGCGGUGCGACCGGUUGGGAAGCUAUCACCCCUCGAUUUCCCACUCUGGGCCUCGAUCCCCCUUCUUCGGUGACGGCGCCCUCCUCUGAGCCGUGUCGCAGGCUCUCCCUAGGUAGUGCUCCACGCAUUACGACCUCAGCAAUCGAAAAAUGCCUCGCAAUGACGUGGCCACUCUUCUGCCUAGCUGAACCCUCGGAUCAGUUACGUACCUGCAACAGCAGCGACGAAACGUUUAAUUCUCAAUCGUACCUGCUCAUAGAUCCGCACACAACAUUAAGUCAACAAAGUAAGAAGCGACAAGAAUAAUUUCAUCAAUAAUCAAUUGCAUUCUCGACGCACUCCAAAAAUAGUCAACUUA